CAUAAGGGCAGGCGGGCGCGGCGUCGACGGUGCUGGGCGCUCCUCGGGCUGCCCUGUCCAUCGCUGCGCUUCGGCGCCGCUCCUCUGUUUUAGUUAUCGUAAGUUUUGAGGAAAAAAACCCUUACCUUUAUAUUUUUAAAAUUUAUUUGUUUUUCUUUUCGCGCCGAAACUUUCGUGCCUGCGGCAGGAGGCGAGAUGUGGAGGAAGGCGUUCCUGGCCGCCGUGUGCCUCUGCCUGCGCUGGGGUGCUGCUCUCGGCGAAGAAGGCAAAAACAAUUUUGAUGGAAUCGAGAGCAAGUUUUCCUUACGGACGCCUGCAGAGCCCGAUGAGGAUGUCUGCUACCUGGUUCCUGGGCAGGUGAACAGCCUGGCACAGUGCAACUUCAAUCAUACCAGUAAAACCUUUGUGGUGAUCCACGGGUGGACGGUGACAGGGAUGUAUGAAAGUUGGGUCCCGAAGCUGGUGGAUGCUCUGUACAAGAGGGAGCCUGACUCAAACGUCAUUGUGGUGGACUGGCUGGUUCGAGCUCAGCAGCACUAUCCGGUGUCGGCUGCGUACACCAGGCUGGUGGGAAAGGAUGUUGCUAUGUUUAUUGACUGGAUGGAGGAGCAAUUCAAUUAUCCUCUCAACAAUCUCCACUUGCUGGGGUACAGUCUAGGUGCCCAUGCUGCUGGGAUUGCUGGGAAUCUGACCAAAAAGAAGGUGAACAGAAUUACUGGGCUGGAUCCUGCAGGUCCCACCUUUGAGUAUGCUGAUGAACUCACUCGCCUCUCCCCGGAUGAUGCCGAGUUUGUGGAUGUCCUACACACCUACACCCGAGGCUCUCCAGACCGCAGCAUUGGGAUCCAGAAGCCUGUUGGACACAUUGAUAUUUAUCCCAAUGGUGGAGGUUUCCAGCCAGGUUGCAAUUUGGGAGAAGCACUGCGUCUGAUUGCUGAGAAAGGGCUUGGAGAUGUGGAUCAGCUGGUGAAAUGCUCCCAUGAACGAUCCAUCCACCUCUUCAUUGACUCUCUCCUCAACGAAGAAAAGGCAAGCAUGGCCUACCGCUGCAACACAAAGGAGGCUUUUGAGAAGGGCCUCUGCCUGAGCUGCCGCAAGAACCGCUGCAACAAUUUGGGUUACAAGGUCAACAGAGUGAGAACAAAGAGAAACACUAAAAUGUAUCUGAAAACCCGUGCUCAGAUGCCCUACAAAGUCUUUCAUUACCAGGUCAAGAUUCAUUUCUUUGGAAAGACUAACACGACUAGGACAAACCAGCCAUUCCUGAUCUCUCUCUAUGGAACUCUAGACAAGAGUGAGAACAUUGGUUUCACACUACCUGAAGUUUCCUCAAACAAGACAUUCUCCUUCCUGAUUUACACAGAAGUGGAUAUUGGAGACCUGUUUAUGGUGAAGCUGCAGUGGGAAAAAGACACCUUCUUCAGCUGGUCAGACUGGUGGACUCCUUUUACAUUUGACAUCCAGAGAAUCAGAAUGAAGUCAGGGGAAACUCAGAAAAAAGUGGUGUUCUGUUCUCGAGAUGGCACCUCGCAUCUCAGUAAGGGAGAAGAGGCAGCAGUAUUUGUGAAAUGCUCGGAGCAGCCCGUCAACAGGAAGAGAGGAGGUACCAAGAGAGCCUCCAAAGAAAAUUCUGCUCACGAAUCUGCUUAAGUGACAAGAACAACAAAGAUUUUUCACACUGGGGAGGAAAAGAGUCUGUUCAUCCCUGUGGACUGGAUGUUCAGAACCAAAUAUAUAGAAAUAUUUAUCCGCUGCUGGAUUUUUGCCUGCUAUUCCUAGCUAUUUUUGAGACUUCUUGUAAAAAAAGUCUCAGCAUAUGAAGUUACUAACCAUAAAGAUACAUUAUCCAAAUAGUUAAAAACAAAAGAAACCUGCAGAACUACUUGCCAAAGUUUGAAGUGCUGAAAAGAUAUAGGUAAUUUUGCUUAAUCAUGGUACCUUGUGACAAGGUUUCUUGACAUCAGAUCCUAUAUAGCAAUUUUUUAAUAUUUAUUGAAAAGAAACAAAGCCCUGUAAUUGGUUUUAUUUUAUCUUACUGUUUUUAUUUUGUUUGGUUUUGGGUUGUUUUUUUUUUUUUUUUUUGAUUAGUGGUGGUUUUUUGUUCUUUUCACAAAUCAUUUGAAACUAUUUUUUUGUGUCUUGGCAAAUUGAAUUUUCAGGCAGUUCAGUGGAGAGAGUUCAUUGUUUUUCAAGUGUGUGUUUAGCAAAUAAGUAGGUUUCCCAUGUGAAAAAAACCACCUUUGCUGUGUGUAAUACUAGAAGGUGUCAGGGACUGACUUAAUAUGGGGAUGAAUUUUUUAGUUUGUGGUUAUGAAUGUAUUUAAUUGGGGGUAGAUGCCAGUGCUGCUUAGCAAUAGGUAUGAUCUGUUAAACUGUAUACUUCUAUGCCACUUACCCUGGAAUAAAUAACAGCUCUAGGAGAAGGCAGCAAUGCCAGCGUCUUAUGCAGACAUUUAACAUUUUAUCUGUGCUUUCAGUUAUUGCAAAUGAAACUGUCUAGCCUUCAACACUGUGAAAAUGGAGCUGCAGAGGAAUUGAGCUACCAGAAAAUGCAGAAAACAGAUAUUUCCCCCCACCCUCCACCCUCUCUCUGCUUGCUUGCAUCAUGUGUGCCAAAACUGUCACACUUUCUCUGCUCUUCGACACCAAGUGUCAGUCAUGCAGCUGCGUGGCUGCUGUGUGCAGUUUUCAGUGCAAGUGAAUCCACUUGAUAGCUGACAAGGAUGCUCAUACUUCCCUGUACAGGAAUUGUGACUGCCAGUGAUCCGCCUCAGUUUGUUUCUUGGCUGUGGUACAGUGCUAGGAGCUGCUGAGUUUUCUGCCAUGAGAUGGAAUUCAGCAGGAAGCAGGAGCUGAGCCAAUUGAAAGCAGCCUGGUUGUGUGCUCCACAAGAAAGAGUGCUCUGAAAACCACUCAAAUUAGCCAUGCUGCAAGUUUAAAAAAAUAGGUACACUGAAGGCAGUCUGCUUCCCCAUUUUUAAGUAACAUAUAAUUUUUCAUUGUGCUGAAAGGUGCAGUAGCCUUCUUUUAACUUUCUGGAGAGUAAACAAAAUGCUGGGGAGGCACAAGGGCUUGAAGGUAGACUUGGGAAGUGUAAUGUUAGUUGUUGGUGCUGGGUGUUGUAGUCCUUUCCUGCAUGUGCAAGACAGCAUGGAGAUGGUGAUUUCUCCAACAUCAUCCCAUCUUAAAAGCAAAGGAAAAAAAAGUGUGUGUUUAUGUGCACAAUUUGUUUCUUAUUUCCAACUGUAGCUGCUAGUAUAUUUGGGGAUAAAAGUCUUAAACAGUGCAAUAUGUUGGAAUAUUAAUAGCUCUGAAUUUGCUCACAUUUGAUUAAACUACAGCAGAGAUGUGAUGAGUCACUGAGGGUGGGGUUGAGUAUUGAGCCACUGCCUUUGAGACCUCUAAAAAUAAAUACAGUGAUUUAUUCCCUAUAGAUUUCACAUUUUGUUGCAAUUUUCUCUUAAAAGUUAAAUUCUUCAGAGGCAAAGUAUCUGGACAGCUCUUAAUACAGGAUCAAAUACAAACACAUUUAGAAUUUGGAUACAAAAUAGUGAAGGUUCUUUUCAUAAGGAAACAUGAUUUAGCUUUGAAUGUUAUUUAUUAGCUGUAAAUAAGAUAUUUAUGCGUGUAAAGGUAGUUUGUAUAUAUUGCUAAAGUUGCUGACAGUCUCUACAUUAAUACAGUUGUGUAGUAUUAAUCCUGUAUAUAGCUUUCAGAGAUUUUUAUCAACAAGCCACUUACAUUGCACUGUUUCCAAUGUCCUUAAUACUUUUUUUUUUCUUUUGGAAAUCUCCUCAGUUUUGUAUAGAACAGAAACCUAUGGUUUUAAUAAAAUUCUCAAACUGAA